UGCAUGGGAGUCACGGCACGGCGCGGCACACGGUACGCAGCGCAGCCAAACGUCCGACAUGAAAUCAUCACGCUGGCACGCUUGGCAGAUGCAUGCGCAUCACACGCCGCACGUACGCCCCAGCCUCGCUCACUUGCAUACGAGCUAAGGGGCCCCCGCAACAUCACAUACCGCUCAUGCACAACUCUCGACCAAUCGAGCGUGCUCACCCUCCCCUCCCGAUGUGACGAGUGUGCAGCACAUGGUUGCAACUAGCCUUGCAGGCCCUGCAUCACACUGGUCACUUGAAGCUCGCCUGCCUGCAUCCCGUGUGCAGCAACAGCUGAGCCCAGCACAGCUAGGCAAGGUGUUGCCACACGCUCGCAUCUCCCAGGCUCCGCACCCACCGUGCGCCCAGCCUCGCCACUCACUUGCGCGAUCCCUAGCCAGCUCUCUACACGCGCAAGUCGGUCCUCUCAAUCACUCCCACGCAUCCAAACCUGUCCUUUCCUUCCUACCAACAAUCCAAACCACUAGCGCGCGUUCACAUGACCUUACGUCACUGCGCUCAACCGCGCAAGCUAAAACGCGCCUUGAUCCAACAUCUCCAAAAAGAAGAUCGAUGAAGCCGGCACAGUAAUUGCCAAAACACGGCGAGGCUUUGUAAUCGUGGUUGCGGAAAAUCGCUUAGGAGC